AUGGAGGCAGGUGUAAAGGGUGAUCAUAUGUUCGUAAGUCCACUGGACACGCGUUACCUUCGAACCUCCUCCGAAAUUGCCGCCCAUUUGUCUGAAUAUGCGUUGUCCCGCAAUCGCAUCAUCGUCGAAGUGUCGUGGUUGCGAUUUUUGGUAAAUGAGGGGGUUACACCGGUGUCCAGUUUGGACAAAUCCUCGGAAUCCUUCCUAUCCGACAUUUGCCGCUUUGAGCCUAGUGAUAUGGAAUCUAUUCGUCAAAUAGAUAGGAAGGUCAACCAUGAUGUAAAAGCCACUGAAUAUUACAUUAGAGAAAAGAUGAAGACUAGCGGGAUUCCACAGCUAGAGUCGUUGGAGCACUGGGUACACAUGUUUUGCACCAGCGAAGAUAUAAACAGCCCCGCUUAUUCCAUUGGUAUUCGCGACUGCAUGGAGCAGGUGAUUAAGCCGACCUUGUUGCGCAUAAUCGAUGCCUUAUGCUCCUUCUCCGUCGAGAAUGCCGGUAAAGCGAUGUUGUCACGAACUCACGGCCAGCCCGCAUCGCCUACCACGAUAGGCAAGGAGAUUGCGGUGUACGUGCAUCGCUUAUCGCGCCAGUACAAGAAGUACCUGACAGAGGUGGAUUACAUGGCAAAGUUUGGUGGAGCAGUUGGUAAUUUGAAUGCUCACAAGUUUGCUUUUCCGCAAUUGAAUUGGCCGGAAAUGGCCAAGCGUUUCGUAGAGAAGGAGCUAAACCUGGUAUACCAAGAGUAUUCCACACAGAUUGAGUGCCACGACUUCAUUUCCGAGCUGUCCGACAACUUGUCACGAAUAAACACCAUUCUGAAGGACCUAUGUGUAGACAUGUGGUUGUACACAUCAAAUGAUCUCAUUAAACUCAAAGGAGUUAAGGGUGAGGUUGGGAGCAGCACUAUGCCACACAAGAUAAACCCAAUCGACUGGGAGAACGCUGAGGGCAACCUCGGCAUCGCUAAUUCGCUUUUUCAUUUCUUCAGCUCCAAGUUGCCGACUAGCCGCAUGCAACGUGACUUAUCAGAUUCAACGGUUUUGCGCAACAUAGGCGUGGCAUUUUCUCAUUCGUAUUUGGCCUACCAUAGCAUUUUAAAGGCGCUUUCUAGGAUAGACACGAAUGAAGCUCACGCUCUGAAAGAGCUGGACGACCACUGGGUUGUUUUAUCGGAACCGCUGCAGAUACACCUCAGGUUGUCCGGUGUGUCUUCUGGUUAUGAAGAGGUGCUUAAUCGGACCCGCACUGGGUGCGUGUCCAAGGAUGAGAUGAAGCAGAUCCUCGCUGAUUUCGCCAAAGGCGAUGCACGUUUGGAAUCACUAACCCCAUCUACAUAUAUAGGCUAUGCCGAAUCUCUAGCAUUGGGGAUUAAGGACCGCUGCGCACAGCUUCACCACGAUGCAAAUGUAGAACAAAGGCCGUAG